UGGCUGAUCUCUACCCCAUCUAGGUGGCUGAUCUCUACCCCAUCUAGGUGGUUGAUCUCUACCCCAUCUUGGUGGCUGAUCUCUACCCCAUCUUGGUGGCUGAUCUCUACCCCAUCUUGGUGGCUGAUCUCUACCCCAUCUUGGUGGCUGAUCUCUACCCCAUCUUGGUGGCUGAUCUCU